UACUUAAGGCCAUCACCACUGGAACCGGUGUGUUACACACAUGUGUUUUUACUUUCAUUCUCACCGUGAACCCCCAUUCUGAUAAAGUAGGACAGCUCGAAGCUAGUGACCAUAACCUUACGCCUCCUUUACUGACUGUCGGACAUUUUUUUAGGUGUAAGCUUAUUUGUUUCCCGACAAAUUAAACAGUAACAGAAACCCCAUUUAUUCACUAUGUUUAAUAGUGAUGAUAUGGACUAAGUUCUGGAAGUUGUGGUAUUUGACAUAACUAUACACUACUUUGAAACACGUGUUUUAAGAAAGUAUUUAAUUGUCCUUGGUAUUAAAUAUUUAUAUUUAUUUUAUUUUAUUUAUAUUUAUAUUUUUAUAUUAUUUGGGAGAGUAUUUAUUAGGAUCACACAUUCAAAAAUUAUUUUUUUCUAGCAAGAAUAUUGUAUGGUCAUAAUUGUUGUAGUUGAAUCCACUUAUGUAAUUCUAUAGAGAGUAACCCUAAACUCAUCACCCAUAUGUUUUGACCUUUUUUGCCAAAUCAGCAGAGUAGGUCAAACAAGAUGACCCUGAAGACAACAUUUUCUUUCGUCCUCUAGCGAAGACGAACAGGAAAAUAGUGCGUCGUUAAUAUUAUUAUUAAUAAUAAUAUUUUUAUAGUAGUGCUAGUUUUGCAUUUACACUCAGAAGAAAAAUCUAGUAAUUGUUUUUAAUGCUCAUAUAUUCUUUUAUUUUGUACAAGACACUGAAUUGAAAGCAACAACCCCUUUCAGAUUCAGGAUCCACUUGAACCUACUUAAUGAUGAUCAAUGUGAACAACAUAAACUAUGAAUUGUCUUUACAUGUCUCAUGUUUGCUCAUAGCACACUCAUUACUUAAUAUGCAUAUGCAUUAUUCACACUGCCUGUCAGUCAAAACUUCAGCCCUCUUCACAUUUCCGCCUGGCGGAAACUGACAAAAAAAGGAACAAGCUUUGACAGAAGUGACACAAGCAGCAGCACAGACGCAGACCACAAACCGUCUAACUUAGCAGAGGCGCCACUGCUGCACCUUGGAAACUUCUUGUGAGAUCUUAGAGAACAUCGGGAGACCCCCAGUUUUAAUUUCUGAAAACCUUGGACACAGGAAACUGACGGUAUUUUCUUUCAAAGUUAUGGCAGCGUGGGACCUGUCAGUCAUUGUGGAUGACUUGGGGAAUGACGCCCCACCUGUCACCCUCAGUGUGACCUCUGACCUUCACAUCGGCGGGGUCAUGCUCAAACUGGUGGAAAAGACACAGAUCCAGCGUGACUGGUCAGACCAUGCACUGUGGUGGGAGCAGAAGCAGCAGUGGCUGUUGCGGACAGCUUGGAGUCUGGAGAAAUGUGGGAUACACGCUGACGCCCGGCUCAUCUUUACACCCCAACACAAGCCUCUGAGGCUAGGCCUUCCCAAUGGCACGACUCUGAGGCUAAAGGCCUGCUUCUCCAGCCCUGUGUUCAAGACUGUGAUGGGCAUCUGUAGUAUGCUCAACAUCCGACGUCCUGAGGAGCUCUCCCUCCUUCGACCUGUGGAGGAAAAAAAGAAGAAGAAAGAUAAGGACCUAAAUGUGGAGAUCUACGAUCUGUGUGACUUGCCACUCUCCUCAGCGUCCCGGCCCUGUUUGUAUAACAUGAUGCCAGCACACUUUGCCGACUCGCCUGAGAUGGAGGCCAUCUACAAGAUGCUGUCUGUCACUCAGCCUCCGCCCGCCCCGGAGGUCAUAGCCAAACAGUACCGGCCAGCCAGCGUGGUGGACAAGGCUCAUAUCAACGGCAGGUGGCUGGAUUCAUCCCGAUGUCUUCUGCAGCAGGGCGUCCAAGAAAAUGACAGACUAUGGCUUCGUUUUAAAUACAUGACGUUCUAUGAGCUCGAACCCAAGUAUGAUGUUGUGCGGCUGACCCAGCUGUAUGAGCAGGCCCGCUGGGCCAUCCUGCUGGAGGACAUCGACUGCACCGAGGAGGAGAUGAUGCUGUUUGGUGCGCUACAGUACCACAUCAGUAAGGUGUCUCAGUCGGAGCCCCAGUUGCUGACCACCACCGCAGCCAUGGACGACCUGGAGUCAGCCCUGCAGUCACUGGAGGUCAAGAUGGAGGGAGAGGGCAGCUCAGCUUCAGAGAUGCUGGAAAAUAUGACUGCUCCAGAACUCAGUGACUACCUGAAGAUUUUCAGGCCAAAGAGGCUAACACUGAAGGGUUACAAGCAGUACUGGUUCAAGUUCCAGGAUACCUCUAUCUCUUAUUUCAAAAGCAAAGAGGAGAGCAUUGGAGAGCCCAUCCAACAGAUUAACCUCAAAGGAUGUGAGGUGGCUCCAGACGUUAACGUGGCAGCGCAGAAGUUCCUUAUCAGGCUCCUGAUACCAGCGCCGGAGGGCAUGAACGAGGUCUAUCUGCGCUGUGACAAUGAGGAGCAGUAUGCUAACUGGAUGUCUGCGUGUCGGCUGGCCUCCAAAGGCAAGACCCUCGCAGACAGCAGCUUCCAGAGCGAGAUACAGAGCAUUCGCUCCUUCCUCGCCAUGCAAAAAACCAACUCAGGUUCCCAUGGUAACGUCGCUGCCAACGAAGAAAGCAUCAACACGUACAGUUUAGUGUCGCCACGCUACCACAAGAAGUACAAAGUCAAACAGCUGACCCCUCGUAUCCUGGAUGCUUACCAGAACAUUGCUCAGCUCUCGCUGACAGAUGCAGUGUUGCGUUUCCUACAGAUCUGGCAGGCCCUGCCUGACUUUGGACUCUCAUAUGUUGUUGUCAGGUUCAAAGGUAGCCGAAAAGACGAGGUUCUGGGGAUCGCCCCUAACCGACUGAUCCGCAUCGACCUGGGAGUGGGAGACGUGGUGAAGACUUGGCGCUACAACAACAUGAAGCAGUGGAACGUCAACUGGGACAUCAGACAGAUGGCCAUCGAGUUCGAAGGCAACGUCAACAUUGCUUUCAGCUGUGUGACUGCCGACUGCAAAAUUGUUCACGAAUUCAUUGGAGGCUACAUCUUCAUGUCGACGCGCAGCCGUGAGAAAAGCGACGUACUCAACGAGGAGCUCUUCCACAAGCUAACCGGGGGCCAUGAAGCGCUCUAAGACUUAACGCUCAAGGACCACCUGCAUAGCUCUAAUAGUGGAUAAUCAUAUGGAAAAGUCGCCCAUGUUGCAUAAAUCUCACCAACACACGGAAGAAGCACACACAUUAUUCUUACAAUGCAUCAGAUGAUGGAGGACUCAAUAUGGUUCACAGUUUACGAGUCCAGUGAUGUUGUGAUUCGUGCUGAUGCUGACGUCGCUUGCUUUACGUUGGACACCUGCCUGAGUGAACCUGUGGACGCCGAAUGAGGAAAAGAAAAUCAGUCCCGUCCGGCAGCACCUGAAUAUUUUUUUCACCUCACGAUUUCUAAACUUGUAAUGAGGAUAUAAAACCUAGCUUCAUCUGCA